CCAUCACCAACUUCCACGACUUCAUUCUUUCAGUCCACGAUUCUCGACUGAGAGCCCGACAAAAUGAAGUUGAACAUCUCUUACCCGGCUAACGGUAGCCAAAAGCUCAUCGACAUUGAAGAUGAGCGCAAGCUCCGCAUCUUCAUGGAGAAGCGCAUGGGCCAGGAGGUCCCCGCCGACUCCCUUGGUGAUGAGUGGAAGGGCUACAUCUUCCGCAUCACCGGCGGUAACGACAAGCAGGGCUUCCCCAUGAAGCAGGGUGUCAUGCACCCUACCCGUGUCCGCCUCCUCCUCUCCGACGGCCACUCCUGCUACCGCCCCCGCCGCACUGGCGAGCGCAAGCGCAAGUCCGUCCGCGGCUGCAUCGUCGCUAUGGACCUGUCCGUCCUCGCUCUUGCUAUCGUCAAGCAGGGCGAGCAGGACAUCCCUGGCCUCACCGACGUCGUCCACCCCAAGCGCCUCGGUCCCAAGCGCGCCACCAAGAUCCGCAAGUUCUUCGGCCUCACCAAGGAGGACGAUGUCCGCAAGUACGUGAUCCGCCGCGAGGUCCAGCCCAAGAAGGAGGGCGCCAAGCCAUACACCAAGGCCCCCAAGAUCCAGCGCCUGGUCACCCCCCAGCGCCUGCAGCACAAGCGCCACCGCAUCGCACUCAAGCGCCGCCAGGCCGAGAAGGUCAAGGACGAGGCCAACGAGUACGCCCAGAUCCUCGCCAAGCGUGUUGCCGAGGCCAAGGCCACCAAGGCCGAUGCCCGCAAGCGCCGCGCUUCUUCCAUGCACAAGGCUUAGGUGUUUGGCGCUCGGAAACGGGUACGUCUCUUGUGAUUCGGAUACGGUUUAGGGAUAUGAUGGCUGGUUCGGCAAACAAAAAGUGGGAGAGUUAUCUCUUGGCUUGAUAUGGACGAAGACUCCAAAACAGAUGCUACACAAUGAUCGAUACCUCCAUAUAUGAAAGGCGUUUUGGGACAAGUGAUCAAUUACUGCUCCACAAACUGGAGUGUUGCAAGUCUUGAUUCUUGUGCCUGCUCUACGCGGCGUAUAGCGCUUUUUAUCUUGACAACAACUCAAUGUUCACUGUCCG